AUGGAUGCCCAAGUUGGCGAAUCAUCGGCGUGCGCGACGGCAUUGCUCUGCGGAGUUAAAGCUAAUUACGAGACUGUUGGUCUGGAUUCGUCGGCACGUUUCGAGGACUGUUACUCUAGUUUCGAAGCACGCGUUCCUUCGCUUAUUAAUUGGGCUCAGGAUCAAGUUGACACCUUGCCAGAACCGGCCGGCGCAACUCCGGCAAUAUGUAUGCGAGCGUACGCGUUGCUGACACGCGCUCUACCGGCGUUGUAUGUACACGCGGGCAUGAAAGGACGAGCUUGCUUUGGCGCGAUCAUUAAGAUGAAUGGCCCAGCUGAUUAA